AUGUUGUUAUUUAUAAUUCUGUACAAUGUUCUUACUGUCGACGCGAAUACUAAAUGUAUGUCCCGCGAUUCAACUGUCGUCCCUAAAUAUUACCUUAUAGAAAAAUGUCAUAGAUCUAAACUUAGUGUAGCGUUCAAAGCAAACUUUUCGACCCUCAACAGUUGUCGACGACUUGCUCUAGAAAAACAGGCUUUAGCGUUAAAUUUUAGUCCCUCGGGAUAUGGAAAGAUGAGUAGGAAACCCGUAGAAUACACGUGUGAAGUUCUAAAGUGUGCAGAAUCUGAAGGUGGAUUGUCUUUAAAGAAUGAUACCGAUUAUGAUUACUAUAGCAUCUACGCGAAACAUUUACCAAACGUCAAUUCAUCUUGUGUGCCUCUAGCCGGCAUGUUCUAUUUGUUAUCCGAAAAAAAUAAUUACACCGAGGCAGAAAGAUCCUGUCGGAACAUGAGCUCUGUGCUAGCUGGUGUGUUUAACGAACAACGCACGGAUACACUCGCGCAAGUAUUGGCGUCUUCAGGCGUUGAAGCAGCUUAUGUUGGAUUGAGAAGUAAUAAUGGCAGUGUCUUUCGAACUACUCACGGUGAUUCCCUGGAUUGCACCACGUACAGAGCCUGGGCACCAGGUCAUCCAAGAAGGAACCUCAACAUGUCGUGUGUUGUUCUCACGAGAAAGCACACAUGGAAAACUACUUUAUGUCGAAAGAGUUAUCCAGCUCUUUGUGAAUUACUUCCUGGUGGACCUUACAGAAAAGGAACUAUUUUCCCAAAGGUAAAAGCCAGUUCACAGAAGAAGAGCUCCAAGAUUAUGAAUGCUCAUCAAAAAUUUAAGUCCUUAGCCCCAGAAAAAGUGGGCCACAAUAAAAAUGCAAAGCUACCGAUGGCAAAGAUAUUACAAUACCCAGAGUUAAGAGUCAAUCCUUUCAAAGACAGAAUAUGCAAAGUAUUUAGUUCUAGCAAUGAUGGUGACUGUACUUUUGAAGAUUUUCUUGACAUGAUGUCUGUAUUUUGUGACAAUGCACCAAAAGCUGUCAAAGCUGAACAUGCAUUUAGAAUAUUUGAUUUUGAUGGUGAUGACAUGAUUGGAGUAUCUGAUUUACGGGAGGUGAUUGAACGUCUCUGUGGGACCGAAUUAAAGCUGAGUGACUCAGAGAUACAGCAGUUGGUGCAGAAUGUUCUUGAAGAAGCUGAUCUUGAUGACGACGGAGCCUUAUCCUUUGCUGAGUUUGAGCAUAUAAUUGAUAAAAGUUCAGAUUUCUGCCAAUCCUUUCGAAUAAGACUUUAA